AUGCUGCCCCGGGCCCGAAGCCCGGUCGGGGACGUGGGGGCCCCUGGGGCCCGCCCGGAGGAAGGGGCUGCCUCGAGCAGCUGGAAUGUUGGAGGACCAGCCUCGGGGGUAGACGCCGGGCGGAGCCGCGGCCGCUCCGGGAAGCGGCCCGGCUCUGCGGACCACACGGUGGCGCUGGGGACCGCGAUCCAGGGGCUUCGGGGGCGGUUUCCUCCGCAGAGCGGGUUCCGCGCUGAGGGAGAGUCUGCCCGGUUCCGGGCAGGGGUGGGUGCCCCCACGGCCUGGGGAGAGGCCACCCGUUCCGGGGAGGGUUGGAUGCCCCCCACGGCCUGGGGCCGGCUCCCCAGCGGCCAACUUGCCGUGUCGGUCCCUGUCCUGUGGCGGCGCGGGCCUUGCCGUGGGUUCCCCGCUGGCGCGCUGACGCCUCCUCUCUGGUUUCCCCAGAUGGCCUCUCUGAGGGCCCACGAGCUCCGGGUCACCGGGGCAGCAGGGGGUGAGGAGAGGCGCUGGCCCGAGUCACGGCUCGAGCAGGGCCCGCGCGCCGCCUCUCCCCCCAGAGGGGCCGGGCAGGCGCGUGAGCAGAGUCCAGCCCAGAACAGGCCCUCGGGCAGCUCCAUCCCGGCCAGUGGCCGGCUGCCCGUCUCCCAAGAGGCAGAUCCUGAAGUUGCCCGUGAACUGUGUGACGAUGGGGUGCCCUCGUCAGGGCCCCCGGAGAAGCAGCCUGAGUAG